AUGUCUUUGGAUCAGUCAGUUCAAGAUUUUAGUUUUCGAAUUGAGGCUGAGAAAGAAGAGCUUUCACCCAUAGAUAAUGAAAUUUCAAAAGUUUAUGAAGAUUUGAGACGCCGACACCCUGAUUGUGACAGAUUGGGGGAGAUUAACGCUGUCAUCUCUCAUUGCAAGGAACAACUUGCUGAGUGUGUUAAGAAAGAGGAUUCUUCACUCAAAAAGAUUUAUCUCGAUAAGGUGGUCAAAUUGAAUCUUGAGAAGCAGCAUUUGGAGGAUAAUGGUCUUAAUGGAGUUCUGAUAUGUAAGGGUCAUGACUUUGUCAUGCAACCUACACGAGGUCGAUAUAACCCACGUUGUGAGGUUUGUAUGCACACCAUCUGGCGACUUGUACAAAGUUGGAGGAGGUGCACAGUUUGUGGAUUCAGAGCUCAUGAUCAAUGUUGCUCAUCUGUACUUAGAACUUGUGCGGGAUUAUUAGCCUCAAGAACUGAUUUCUCACUAGUUCUUACAUUAUCAGUCGAAAGAGGUCUUGCCGCUCAAAACUACUCAUGUGCCGAGUGUAAGAACCCGCUUAUGUUCGAUGGGCCGUCACAUUUGGAACCCAAAUUCUGUGAUUACUCUGGAUUACUUUUUUGUGAAAAUUGCCAUUGGGGAGACCAAUGGAGUAUUCCGGCUAGGAUAGUUCUUAAUAUGGAUGCUACACCAAGGCCCGUCUGCCGUGCUGUAAAACAGUUGCUAUCAAUGGUUGACUCAAGACCUUUAAUCGACGUGGGCUCUUUCGGCCCAUUAAUCUUGAAAUUUCAUAAGGAGUUUGCUCGUGUACAGGAGUUGAGAAAAAACUUUUUGUAUAUGAAAUGCUACUUCAUUAGCUGUAGGAAUGCUAGAAAGUUACGUAUCCUGCAGUAUCUUCAUGAUCAUCAACACUUUGUUGAAAAUAGUAAUAUGUAUAGUUUGCGAGAAUUAAGAGAGCUAUGUAAUUUAACGUUACUACAAAGACUUGAAGAGAUACAUACAGUCUUCCGAAAACACAUAGAAGAGGAAUGUGAAACAUGCAAAGGACAUGGGUUUUAUUGCGAACUCUGUGAUGACUCAAAGAAACAGAAUGAGAUUAUUUACCCGUUCUCUGAAGGGGUAGCUAUGUGUCAGGACUGUUUUGCUGUUUUUCAUGGAAAAUGUUAUGAAAGACGCUCAAUGAUAUGUCCUCGUUGUGAAAGAAGAAGAAAAAGAAAGCCCAUCAGCUCAUAA